AUGCCGGGUGUUGUUGACUCCGGUGCUUUGGCACGCCCAAAUCUGGGGUUUAGCGUGGGACAUCAGAAGGUCGAACUGGAGAUCGACCUAGCCACGAAGAGCUUGAAAGGAAACACCGAAAUUACCAUCCACCCUCGCCGCAAAGACCUAUCAACCAUCUGGUUGAAUUUUCGACAAGGAGACAUCAAGCGCGUUAGCGUGAACGGAAAAGCUGCGACUUCGAAAUAUGCAGACCCUUACGAAUCGCUGCAACUCUACGGCGUACAAUACCACGAGCGUCUAACACAGCAGAUCGACGGUCUACUGCUGACACCCCCCACACCUACUCUCCCAAUCACGAUUCCCAAAAACGUUCGCAUCGAGGAACUAGAUCCGUCCUCCGCAGAGGCACAAGACCAGAUUGCGCUUCAAUCUACCGGCGACGAAGUCGAUGGCAAUUCCGGGAUCAGAGCGCCAGAAGCGAAUCUUCCGCGAUUCACGUCUUUAACGGUGAACAUCGAGUUUGCGAUAACCAAGAUUCGCGACGGUCUCCAGUUUGUUGGUGUCGAAAAUGGUGACCGGCGGUAUCCCCAUGCCUACACCACAAAUUCCCUGGAGUCGGGUAUCGGUUGUCCCUUGUUCCCAUGCGUUGAUGACACUGCUUCGCGGUGCACUUGGGAGAUUUCAAUCACAUGUCCCAGCUCGCUUGGGGAUGUCUUCGAUCGGAAAUCGAAGGAUUUGCCCGGCUCUACAUCAUCUCGUUCGAAAACACAAAAUCGCCAACUUUCUGCUGAUGAUGAGGGUCUCGAUAUGUCAGUGGUGUGUUCUGGGGAUUUAACGGAUGAUAUCGUGGACCCCAAAGACCCCACGAGGAAAACAGUUUCAUUCGCGUCAUAUUCCCCACUGGGAGCUUUGCAGAUUGGGUUCGCAAUCGGCCCAUUCGAAUAUGUCAAUCUCGCCGACUUCCGUGAAAGCGAUCAGGAUGAGCAACUGGGCCAGAACGCCAUCCCUCUCCACGCCUUCUGUCUGCCCGGCAGAGCCGACGAAGUCCAAAACACCAGUUUUCCAAUGGCUCAGGCCAUCGACUUCUUCUCACUAUCGUACGGAUCCUAUCCAUUCGGCAGUUACAAAAUCUGUUUUGUCGAUGAUCUCCCCACCGACAGUCUUCCCACUGCGUGCAUGUCCAUCUGCAGCAGUCAUCUGUUAUUCCCGGCUGAAAUGAUCGAUCCCAUGUACGAUUCCACUCGGGCUUUGGUGCAUGGUUUGGCGUGUCAAUGGACCGGAAUCAACAUCAUUCCCCAUGACCCUUCUGAUACCUGGGUCACUGUCGGCGUGGCAUGGUACAUCACGGAUACAUUCAUGAGAAAGCUUUGCGGAAACAACGAAUAUCGCUUCCGGCUCAAGCAAAUGUCCGAUCAAGUAUGUGACUUGGAUUAUGAACGACCUUCGAUAUAUGACAUGGGCAACAUCCUCAAGGUCGAUCCUUCGGAAUAUCGAUUCGUUGCGCUCAAGGCCCCUCUGGUACUGUUCAUACUAGACCGUCGCCUGACGAAGGCAAGUGGUAAGGCUACCAUGUCCCGUAUCAUUUCACGACUUUUCCUCAAUUCUCGGAUGGGCGACAUUCCGAACGGUGCGGUCACAUCCAGUCUCUUCCAAAAGACCUGUGAACGACUCGGGCACGCGAAAUUGGACGUUUUCUUCCAACAAUGGGUUUAUGGUGCGGGGUGUCCGAGAUUCCAAGCCACCCAGCGAUUCAACAAGAAGAAGCUUGUCGUCGAAAUGAUGAUCCGACAAGUCCAGGCUGAACCUCAACCUCCUCGAGACCUAGGAAAGGAUGCAUUCCUGCGAGACGUGAAAGAAGAGGUCCGGCAUGUCUACGCUGGCGCAGUUCAGCCGGUUUUCACAGGCUCCAUGACUCUUCGCAUCCACGAAGCAGAUGGAACACCAUAUGAGCAUAUCGUUGAAAUCAAAGAAGGCACAACGAAGUUCGACAUUCCAUACAAUACCAAGUACAAACGAUUGAAGCGCAACAAAAAGCAGAGAGAACGAGCCGUGGCUUCCGGUGAUACAGAAGUUCAGGAGGAGGUCCUACUCUAUUGCUUGGGAGAUGUGUUGCAAACCGAGGAAGAAACCCAAGCCUGGCGCCUGGCUGAUUGGACAAAAGAGGACGAAGAGCGAAUGGGACAAGAGUCAUAUGAGUGGAUUCGAAUGGAUGCAGACUUCGAAUGGGUCUGCAAACUGUCUCUCGGAAUGCCAGGCUAUAUGUAUCUUUCCCAGCUCCAGCAAGACCGAGACGUUGUAGCGCAACUUGAGACUCAGUCUUUGCAAUAUAUGGCCGCUCAGCGAGAACAUCCUUUGAUUUCCACAAUCUUCGUUCGCACGCUCAUGGAUAGUCGGUAUUUCCACGGCAUACGUACGACGGCUGCGCGCGCCUUGAUCAAACAUGCCAAAGAUGAGGUUGACUGGAUUGGACUUCACCACCUCGAAACAGCAUUCCAGGAGCUGUUCUGUCUUCCUGGAUCUCCGAUGACUCGUUCAAAUGAUUUUUCUGAUCGGGCUGCGUACAUUUUGCAACAAGUCAUUCCUGAAGCCAUCUCGAAACGGCAAAACCCCCUGAGGGUGAAGCGAUUCUUGUUUGACAAGCUGAAGUUCAAUGACAACUCCAACAAUGAAUAUUCAGACAAUUUCUACGUUGCCUCGUUGAUGAAAUCGCUUUGUCACGCGAUGCUUGGCAGGAGUGAGUCAAGGACAGACGAAGAGCUCGACCACUUCGACAUGGAGCGUGUUCUGGAGACACAGGCCGAAGAACAGCUCGACAAAGACGCCAUCGCCGAGUUUGAUAGGUAUCGGCGAAUGGAUGAAUGGUCCAGCUCAUUCCAAAAUCUGUACUCAAGAGCUGCACUUCAAUGCCAGGCGCAGUUGAUGCAAGCGAAGAUGCUGGACAUGGAUCUCAUGCGGUUCAUCCCAUACACACGAGCGGGGACCUACGAUCUUCUCCGUAUGGACGCAUUCCAAUGCCUUGUCGACCUUGAUAUCUCUCAAAGCCCUGACCUUCUUCGCUGGCUGAUGUUCACCUUUUCGGCUGAUUCCUCUGCUUGGAUCCGUCAUCAGGGGUUACGCCUAUUCGGCCAAACAUUGGCGCAGAUCGCUUUCGGGCGACCCCAGCAGCAGGAAGCUUCGCUGAAUGAUGGUUUGAUUAUCGAGCAAGAGUCCACGACGGACAUCCGCCGAGACGACAUUGCACGACGCAAGACGAUACCGGGAGCCAUUGAAGCACUCAAGCGAGAACUCUCCAGUGACACAGCUUUCAGGGAGUACAUGUGGGCGGCAUGCAAUUCGCCCGCCAUGGGCCUACUAGAGCUCUCAGAACUCACUGAUCUCUGUCGCGUUCUCUAUGAUGUCAGCACGAGUAAAUUCGUGCGGUUGAAACUUCCCCGAUACUGGAGCGUCCAGAACCUUGGGCACGGCAAAGUACGCUUCUUCAAAUCUACCAAGACACGCAUGGGUCCUGCUACCAAGCGAAAGCGCGAUGAGAAUGGCAUGCAGCCCCCCUCCUCAACCCGCAUUACGUUCAAGCAGGCCAAGACGAGCUCGAGUGGGGGCACUCCUGCUGGUACUCCCCUUCCCAAGAUACAAAUUCCCCGGCCGUCCCCUUCGAUGAGCUCCACGCCCAAAACCCCGGCCACAGGCACACCUAAACUCAAACUGAAGUUUGGUGGAAGACCUGCAUGA